AUGUUUGGAAUUGACAAAUGGUUCGGCAUUCGUUCUCUUUCAGGUUGUCAGCAAUACAAUCUAGUUAAAGGUAUGCAAGGCUUUUAUUACGAAGCUCUUGUCAAAAAAUUUUGUAAAAUAACUUUCUUUAAAUGCGAUAAUUACAUUAAGUCGGUUUACGGAGAAAACUUGCUCUUAAUGAUUCAUAACCACACGGAUUUAUUCUGCAUUGCAUUGGCGGAGAACAGGCAGUACGCACUUACUUUGAUCACAUGUUCAAAAAUUAUAUUUGCGGGAUAUGCUGGGGACAAUUUAUGGAAAACAACUUGCAGUGUAGUUUGUUGCUUCCAACUGCCAACAUGGAAAAAAGAUCGUGCUCAGCUCUACAACGUCACGGUCGCCCUUCAAGAAAGGUGCCUCGAUAGCAUGCUCACCUGA